AUGCAGGCGGACCACAACAGUUCGUUCAACACAGAAUUUGACCCCCGGACUGGCGGUUAUGAUCCACGGAGGGGCAUCCUCCACCUGACGGUCGGCAUCCCGUCAUCAUACCGAAAGGUGCCUGCAGAAGAUACGCGACCACCCUCACGAUGGACGACGCCUGAAUUCGUGUUAUACUACGUGAUGGCGGCCGUAGUCAUUCCUGUUAUGGUUUGGAUACCGACCACGUUAAGUUCACCAUCACACCCGAACUACCCUCUGUUCCAGCGAAGGCUCUCGGCGGGGUGGCUGUUUGGCCGUCGAGUCGACAAUAGCGAUGCUCAGUUUCGCUCCUUUCGUUCCAACAUACCCUACCUGUUACUUGUCGUCGGGGCAUUUGUCGCUCUCAAAGCAGUGUACACCCGUUCCCUGCGGUUCAGUUCGACAAACUCGACGCAUUAUAUUCCGUUCUAUCUCGUAUUCUCCGCUCUUUUCCUGCUCGGGCUUCACGGCGCAUCUGCUCUCAAAAUUCUAGUGAUCCUAUUCGUCAACUACGUCAUCGGAAAGAACUCGAAAGGCGCGAAAUGGGGACCAGUGCUGACGUGGCUCUUCAACGGCGGGGUACUGUUUGCGAAUGAAUGGAACGGGGGCUAUCGUUUUGGCGCAAUUCAUCCCUCUUUGGAAGUCCUGGAUACCUUUUACGGCAUUUAUCCUCGCUGGCACUUGUCCUUCAACAUCACUAUGCUCAGACUGGUGUCCUUCAACAUGGACCAUCAUUGGGCGCAUAGACGGUUUGGACCUCGAGAUGUAAGUGCUGUUCUGGACGAGAAAGAACGAUCUCGGACCCCCCAUUCACUCGAAACAUAUAGCUUCGACAAUUAUAUCGCUUAUGUUCUGUAUCCGCCGCUCUACAUCGCCGGCCCGAUCAUGACCUUUAACGACUUCAUGUGGCAGAUUCGUCGACCUGUUCUUCUACCGUGGCGCGCAGUCGUUUCCUAUGCAGCUCGCUUCCUCGCUUGCCUGCUCACCAUGGAGACUAUCCUACAUUUCAUGUACGUGGUGGCCAUCAAGGAUUCUAAGGCAUGGACGGGACCUUCUCCAUAUACGCCUGCGCAAUUAGCUCUUGUAGGCCUCUGGAAUCUCAUUGUGGUAUGGUUGAAGUUGCUACUCCCCUGGCGAUUCUUCCGCCUGUGGGCGCUUGUAGACGGGAUAGAUCCGCCGGAAAAUAUGGUUCGAUGCGUGGCGAAUAACUACUCGCCGCUGGGGUUUUGGAGGAGUUGGCAUAGAAGCUACAAUCUAUGGAUCGUACGCUAUAUCUACGUUCCGCUUGGCGGAGCCAACAACGCCGUCCUCACUACCGUGAUCGUGUUCACCUUCGUGGCUCUUUGGCAUGAUUUGUCCUUCAAGUUGCUAGCCUGGGGAUGGCUUGUCAGCUUGUUCAUCAUUCCCGAGCUGUUCUUGGGAAGAUACCUCGGAGAGAAGCAGUUUGGCACGGCGUACUGGUAUCGCCACCUGUGCGCCGUUGGCGCUGUGGGCAAUAUACUCACGAUGAUGGCGGCCAACCUGGUUGGCUUUGUCAUUGGGCUCGAAGGAACGUCAUACAUAUUCAAGGAGCUGUUCGCGAGUGUCGCUGGCGUACAGUUCUUGAUUGCCGCCUGUAUCUGCUUAUUCGUAGCAGCACAGCUGAUGUUUGAGUAUAGAGAGGAGGAGAUGCGACGAGGCAUUUAUCGACGAUGCUAG